CACUUUUACUCUCGCAAGUCAUGUUCUUUCACUUUCUUGCGCUGGUUCUUCUUCGCCCUCUCUAUUCUUGCCAUGGUUGGAUUUCCCCCUAAUCCAGCUAUAACAGUUAAAGAAGAGCUAGCUUUGCAAGUUGUAGUCGAUCAAGACCCCAAGGUAAAAACUUUCAAGGACUCUAUUGAUUUCCCCUCCAUCGAUUCCUAUCUGGAUUUCGAUUCCGUCACUUGGUUGGGGAGUAAUCGGAACAUUGAGGAGUUUAGCAUAGAAGAUACGGACUUUGAUUUCUUUGAGGACGGAAUGGAGAUACCUCAAGAAGGCGUUGUUACUGUUAGCGAUGUAAUGCGUCCUGAGUCGAUUGAAGUAAAGCCUGAGCUUUGUGAUGACAUGUCUGGGGAAGUUGGUGUGAGUUUGGUUAGGUCUGAGCCGAUGGUUGAAGUAAAGCCUGUGCUUUGUGAUGUCAUGUCUGAGGAAGUUGGAGGGAGCUCAAUUAAGUCUGACUCGAUGGUUGAGGUAGAGCCCAAUGUUUGUGUUGAGAUGUCUGCAAACGGUGGGGAUGAACCAGCAGUGAAAGAUUCAGAACCGGUUGUUUCUGAAAACACUAGGUCAAUGGAAGGUGAGACUGAGCCAGUUGAUGUGUCUGAUGCGUCUGUUGCGUGUCCUACCAUGGAUUUGGAUGAAUCAGGGUUGAAGAAAACAGAUGAGGGUUUGGCUUGUUCUAUUGAAGUAGGGUUGAAGAAGGUAAGUUUGGCCAUGGAUGAUGAUGAGAAGAGUGACGGGGAUAAGGGGAAAGCUGAUUCUGUUGAGUCUGAAAGUGAAACAUCGAGCUCUUCUUCAAGCAGUAGUGAUAGUAGUAGCAGUGAAGAAGAGGAGAGUGAUGAGGACGAGAGCGACGAAGAAGAAAAUAAGAAGGAAGAAAAGUUUGAAGAUCACAUGGUUAUGGGGAAAGAGGGUGAUCUAGCAGGGGAACUUGAAGAGGGUGAGAUAGAGAAUUUAGAUGAGGAGAGUGGGGAUGACGAAAUUGAGGAUGACGAAGAUGAUGACGAUGAUGAAGUGAAUGAGAUGGUUGCUUGGAGCAAUGAUGAGGAUGAUGACCUCGGUUUACAAACAAAAGAACCUAUAAGGUCAAAGAAUGAGCUCAAGGAGCUUCCUCCAGUUCCAGCUGUGGAUGUCACUCUGGAACCACAUCAUGCCACACUUCCUGUUGGAGUUGUUCUUUCGGUAAUGAGCACACAAGUAAUAGUUGAGGGAAUGGAAAAGCAUAGUCCUUUGACUGAAGGUUCUAUCCUUUGGAUAACUGAAAAAAGAACGCCACUGGGACUGGUGGAUGAGAUCUUUGGACCAGUAAAGUGCCCUUUCUAUAUUGUGAGGUUCAAUUCAGAGAGUGAAGUGCCAGAAGGGGUUAGUCAAGGGACACCUGUCUCAUUUGUCGCCGAUUUCGCUCAACAUAUUCUCAAUAUCAAGGAACUGCAGAAGAAAGGUUACGAUGCAUCUGGUGAUAACGACGAGGAGAUACCAGACGAGCUAGAGUUCUCAGAUGAUGAAAAAGAAGCCGAAUACAGAAGAAUGCAGAAGAUGGAAAAGAGAGGAAUGAUGAAUGACCAGAAAACGGGUAACACAAGGAACAAGAAGAAGAAAAACCGAGAUCUCGGAAGGCCUACCAGCAGUUACUCAGGGGAAUGGACAGAGAACCAGGGAUCUAGUUCCCUAUCCUCAAACCGUUCUGAUCCUCAAAUGGGUGGUCCGCUUUCAAAUCUUGGUCCGCGUCCUCAAAUGGACGGGUUUCCUCCAAACAAUGCAUCAUGGAGACCCCAGAGUAAUCAGCAGAACACAUAUCAGCUUCCUCCUAUACCUAAUCAGAUGGGAAUGCCCAAUCUAGCCCCAAUGCAGAUACCUUUCAUGGCAAUGCAAAAUCAAAAUCAAAUGAUGUUCCAACCGAAGUUCAAUGGUGGCCAGAUGCCAAUGCCAGGUGGACCUGGAGGCUUAAACUUCUUUCCAGGACAGGCUUCAGCGCCAUGGCCUGCAUUGGUUGGUCAGAAUUGUUUCAACCAACCAUUUGGGAUGGGCCGCGGUAUUCAGCAGCAGCCAUUACCGAAUGAGCUGAGUUUUAAUCUGUUUUCUCAAGGUCUUCAGAUGCACCCGCCACAGUCCCAAAUGCACCGGCCACAGUCUCAAAUGAAUCCACAUUUCCAAAUGCCACCACAGUUCCAAACCAACCCGCAAUCUCCAAUGAACCCGCAGUACCAAAUGAUGCAUCGACCACAGUCUCCAAUGAACCCGCAGUUCCAAAUGCAACCACAAUCUGAUGUGCGACCACCACAGUCACAAAUCCCGCAGUCACCAACAAAUCUGCAGUCCCCAAUGGAAUCACAGUCUCAAGGGUUCAGCAGCGGGCAGUCUUCUGAACGGGGAAGGGGCUUCCGUGGUCGUGGGAGGGGUCGGGGUCGCUUCGGACGUGGGCGAGGUCGAGGCCGGCAACAGAAGCUGGUUUCAUUCAGAGACCCUUUUGCUAGGGUGAAGAGACAUGUUAGUUCACACUCAGGGAUUAGAGCUUUCAGCGACAGAAAAUGGAUAUUCCCUUGUCUAGCAAGCUUGAUCAUGUCGAUUACUCUCCUGAUUUUGUUAAUUUCUGGCCAAUUCGACGGCUUCUUUGGGGAAGAAGAUCAAUUACCAUUAGAUGUUGUUUCAAAGUCUAAUGAGUACUUUGUAGAAUCAGAUUUCAAACAAUCUUUGAAUUCGACAGCUCAUGUUAAUUUAGGGCCUCCUAGAUUAGCUUAUUUGAUAUCGGGAACAAAAGGCGAUAGUCAUAGGAUGAUGAGGACUUUACAAGCUGUGUACCAUCCUAGAAACCAGUAUGUUCUGCAUUUGGAUCUUGAGGCUCCACCUCGAGAACGGAUGGAGUUGGCGAUGUCCGUGAAGAGUGAUCCGACUUUCCGUGAAAUGGAGAAUGUUCGUGUGAUGUCUCAGUCUAAUCUUGUUACUUAUAAAGGCCCUACAAUGAUUGCGUGUACUCUUCAAGCCGUUGCAAUUUUGCUGAGGGAAAGCUUACAUUGGGAUUGGUUUCUUAACCUUAGCGCCUCGGAUUAUCCUCUAGUAACACAAGAUGAUUUGUUGUAUGUCUUCUCAAAUCUGUCUCGGAAUGUCAAUUUCAUCGAGAAUAUGCAGCUCACCGGAUGGAAACUGAAUCAGAGGGCUAAAUCAAUCAUUGUUGAUCCUGCCCUAUACCUAUCGAAGAAAUCCGAUAUUGCUUGGACUACUCAACGACGAUCACUUCCAAAUUCUUUCAAGCUAUUCACCGGCUCAGCUUGGAUAAUGUUGACUCGGUCUUUCCUCGAGUACUGCAUUUGGGGAUGGGAUAACUUCCCAAGAACAAUACUAAUGUACUACACGAAUUUCGUUUCCUCUCCUGAAGGAUACUUCCAUACAGUAAUCUGCAACAGCAAAGAGUUUGUCAACACCGCGAUUGGGCAUGAUCUACACUACAUUGCUUGGGACAGUCCUCCAAAGCAACACCCUAGAUCUCUCUCAUUGAAGGAUUUUGACAAUAUGGUCAAGAGCAAAGCUCCAUUUGCACGCAAGUUCCACAAGAACGAUCCUGCGUUAGACAAGAUCGAUAAAGAGCUAUUGGGACGGACACACCGGUUUCCACCAGGAGGAUGGUGUGUUGGGAGUUCAGCUAAUGGCAAUGAUCCGUGCUCUGUGAAAGGCGACGACUCGGUGUUGAAACCGGGACCUGGUUCUGAGAGGUUGCAGGAGCUUGUUCAAACACUUUCCUCUGAUGAAUUUAGGAGAAAACAGUGUUCUUGAAGUUAUCUAAUGAUAACAUUGUAUAUUGUUUUGUUUGAUUAUAAAUUUUGGUUAUAGAAAUUUCUUCGAAACACAUGAAUCAAGGAAGUGGAAGUCU